UCAGCCGAUUGCGACGAAUGUAGUACUUAUAAAAUUUCAUAAAUUUCAGUCGUAAAUCUGGUAAUAACUAUGAAAGUUUCAUAAUUUUUUUUCAUAAGCACUAUGAAAGUUUCAUAUCCCUUUCAUAGCUAUAACGUUCAUAGCUAUGGGUGAUUUCGUGAUCGCCGACAAGUGUGGGAACCCUGCAUACAAUUUUUUUCUAUUAAGUGAUAUAGAAGCACUGAAGAUAUGGAAAUAGACAUAAAAAACACAUUUCCAUAUUAAUUAAGCAAUAAUUUCACUAUAUCUUCGCAGUAAAUAAGGUUAUUGUCCAAAACAAACUGUAGCCUUAGCAACGGCGCUCCGCCGGAGGUAAACAUUCGCUCAGCCAGUCAGCCAGUGAGCCACACGCCGCACGCCUUUUCGUUUCUUGACGCCAUGGAUGACCCUGUAGCUGCUGCCUCAACCCCAUCAAAGAAGAGGACAAGGAAGCCGAACUGGACUAUGGACGAGUCCUUAUAUUUGCUUCAGCUCUACAGAGACCACGCUCGUGUUCUCAGGCAGAGCUUCAGCGAGGAUGGGUGCACCCAUCAAACCAAGCAGAAGGCAUGGGAGGACAUAAGGAGCAAACUCCAGCAAGCCUUUCCUGCAGGGCAGAGGACAACGAAGGAGUGCCAAAAGCGAUGGCACACCAUCCUUGUCACAGCACGGCCCAAGCUGAGUCAAGUCAGAAAGGACUUUGCUGCAACAGGUGGUGGCUCUCCUCAUCCCCCCAUUGACCCUCUUGAAGAGCUGGUGGCAGAUAUUUUGGGAUAA